AUGACAGUUGGUCCAACCCGCAAUGUACCACGGGAACGGACGCCGGAGCGAGACGCGGUGGACGUGGAGGACGCGGAGGACGCAGAGGACGCGGACGACGCGGAGGAGGAACCAGAGGGGCCAUACAAGGAGGCGGAUGUGGAAGGGGCGGAUGAGGCGCAGCCAGGGGGAACCGGCGAAGCGGAAACCACGCCGGCGGAGGGACAGGCAGAGACGAGUGAGGCGGCAGCUGCAAGGUCGGAGGCCCUGCUGUCGGGAGCGCGCGAGCGAGAGGGUCCCCACGGGGGGGGCCGGCACGCGGCGGACUCCAGACUGCGGGAGCGGGGGACACCGGGAAGAGACGAUCGAGCGGGGCAGGCGCCGAGCCCGCGCCGCAAAGGGAAGGCGGAGAGGUCACGCUCGCCGGAGAGGGAGCGGCGCCGCGAGGAGUGGCGCGUGGGCGAGCUCCGCCCGCACGGCGAGCGCCAGGAACAUGGGGAGUGGAGCGGUGGCGCCGCGCAUUCGGCGGGACGAUGGCAGCCGCGGGGUGAGAGGAGGCAGGUAGCGGAACCUGCGUCGCCGAAGCAGCACGGUCAGCAGCAAGGGGGGCGCAGCAGCAUCAGGCGCUCGCCAGGAGGGACGGGGCAGAGGGAGCGGAGAGACAGGAGUUGGUCCCGCUCGCCCGCUGGACGUCACGCGCGGAGGGAGAGGCACGACGGGGAGCAACGGUCACCAGAACGGCGCCAGUCGCGCACUUGGCAGGAGCACCUGGACACGUGGUCACCAUCACCAGAGAGGCGGCCGCGGCACGAGACGGGCAGGUGGGAGGAGCGGGAGGCGCGCGUGCCGCCGACGCCGCAGUGGGGACGGACAGAAGGGCGGGGAGGAUCGUGGGAGAGGCGGAACGAGUCCGGAGGGAGCCGUCAAGAGGGCAGGACAGGGAGCGGAACCUUGGCGCAGGGAGCAGAGCGGGCACGGGAGGCCAGAGAGGGCAUGCUGAGGGCACGGGAGAGGGGACCAGAGGGAAGGCGGACAGACGGGGCCAGGGAAUCAUGGGGAGAGGGGCGGGGGGGUGGCACCGGCACCCCGCGGGUGGAGACGCAAGCCUAG